CAGUACCAUGGGCUAUUCAUAUGAGGCAGUUCGUGAGCGUGACCUCCACAGAUAUUACCGUCCAUGGCUCGACGGCCAGAGCCUAGUCGACGCCGAUGGCUCUGGUAAGCCUUUGACCUACUCGGGCUACCAACCACAGUCGUCGCGCGACCGUUCGUUGACUGCCUUUGCCCAGCUGGCCACCCUCCGUCUCGACACGCGCCGGGCUAUGGUUUCUCUGAUUGACUCAACUCGCCAAUACAUUCUCGCCGAAGCCACUCGCACACUCUCGCUGUUCAAGCCCGUUGCAGAAGAGCCCGAGGACGAGGUGUGGCUGGGCAACGCCAUACUGAACAAGACGGACGCCGUCUGCUACCACACCUUUACCUCGACGUACACGGCAAAGGAAGAGAAUGGCGACACGUACGAGGCUGAAUGCAUGGUCAUUCCCGACUGCCGCUUGGAUCCCCGUUUUGCUGAGAGGGACUAUGUCAAAGAUGAGCCUGGUGUAAGGUUCUACGCAGGCGUUCCCAUUGUGACGAAAGCAGGGAAUCGCAUUGGCGUGUAUGCUGUUUCUGACGAGAGGCCUCGCGAGGGUAUCACUGCUGCCGAGCUGCGCUUUAUGCAGGAUGUCGCUGCAGCCGUCAUGGAGCACCUCGAGCUGGCCAAAGACAGUAUGGACCGGAACAAGGGAGAGCGUAUGGUGCGAGGCUUGACCCAGUUCAUUGAGCGCUCGUCGGCUCAAGACAUGCGCGACGACGGCAACCGGCCCACUACCAUGGAGAAGCAGACGGAAAAUGCGCGUUUGGUCACACUCGAUGAAGAGGGAGAAAACUCCUCUGCGUCGGCGCCCAUGUCAACCAGCAGGCAGGCGCAACGCAAGCGUGACGCCGAGUCCGACGCUGCCCGCAUCUUCCACCGCGCUGCCCGCAUCAUACGCCAGAGCACCGAUGCUGACGGCGUCGUCUUCUUUGAUACGUCUGCAGCUGGGAUACGGACUCAUCUCUACGACUACAGCCGCAACGCUGGUAGCAGCGACGAGAGUGCCACGCACAACACCGAUACCGGCGACUCCACCACAUCGCGGAGACUGAAAAAGCAGAGCUUGGUCAAUCCUGACGGCUCCGCGGAUCCAGGCAUCGUCGAUAGCAAACCCUGCCCUGUAGCUGGACUUUCGUUGCGGGAAGGUAACGCGGGCUUGGUACAUUCUGAGUUUAGCUUCACCGAGGCUGCCAUGGAGCGCUACAUACACCGUUAUCCAUAUGGCAAGUUCUUUAAUUACAACGAAGACGGUAUUGGCGUUAAUUCAUCCGACGAGAAAUCCGAGCGCUCCGAGACCGAGCAAUCGGACCGCACUGCAAAUGCACCCACGGUGGGCACCAAGAAGCCGCGCAAGAAGCGAGAGCGAUUUGUGCCCACAGAGUUUUUGAAGGUGCUGCCCAGAGUUCGCAGCUUGAUUUUCUUGCCUCUCUGGGAUCCAAGCUCGGAAAGAUGGAUUGCGGGAGGCUUCAUCUGGACCGCUCAAGCUGGAAGACUGAUGAGCCCCGACAACGAACUGCCGUAUCUGCAGGCCUUUGGAAAUUCGGUCACGAGUGAGGUAGCGCGCCUCAAUGCGCAAAAGGCAGACCGCGCCAAGACGACCUUCAUUGCAUCCAUCUCGCACGAGCUGCGAUCGCCGCUGCAUGGUAUCCUUGGCUCGGUCGAGUUUCUUCGUGAGACCGUGGCGUCAGCAUACCAGGAAUCUCUCGUCUCUUCUAUUGAAACUUGUGGAAAGACGCUGCUUGACACUAUUGACCAUGUGCUUGAUUACGCAAAAAUCAACAAACUACAAAAAGGCAACGUUGUCCAAAGACAUCGCAGUCAAGGUCGAGCAAGAAGGCUUCCAGCAGACAAUUCCAUUCUUGGUGUUACAGCUGAUGUCGAUCUGGCGCAGCUGGUCGAGGAGGUUUGCGACACCGUCUGCGCCGGCCAUACAUUUAGGAAAACGCAUCACAUCCGCGGAUCUGCCAUUUACGACCAGGCUGAGAAUGCUGUUGCGCACCGCUCCCCACAAGAUCCAGUCGGCAAUACCGAUAUAGAGGGCAGAGACACACAUGGCUCCGUCGCUGUAUCGCUCAUCGUGGCUCCCUAUGUCAGCUGGGUCGUCCGCUCUCAACCCGGUGCUCUGCGGCGGAUUGUCAUGAACCUAGUGGGAAAUGCUUUAAAGUAUACUGACUCUGGCUACAUUGCCAUCAAGAUGUUACAGACCAACUCGACUUCCCAUUUCAUAAACUUGACACUGAGCGUCGAAGACACGGGUAGGGGAAUAUCGCAAGAGUAUCAACGAACCAAGCUGUUUUCGCCAUUCAGCCAAGAGGAUCCUUUCAGUUCUGGCACUGGUUUAGGGCUUUCAAUCGUCAAGCAAAUUGUCGAAUCUCUCAAGGGUGAAAUUGAAGUCAAGAGCACUCAGAAUUCCGGUACUAUCAUCAAAAUCAACAUGCGCCUGCCCAUCGGUUCGAGAGAGAAUGCAAACCAGGAUCAAGCGCUUAUGCGCGCUCCACGGGAGUUGAAGGGUACUACGGCCAGCAUCGUUUGCGACAUGACCGACACACACGGUAUUUCACGUGGCCUGAAGACAAAACAGUCAAUGGAAAACGCAUGUAAAAACUUCGACAUGAAGAUCAUUGAUUCGAAGCAUUCCGACAGCAAUACUUCCUUGGACGACAUUGACUUCUUGCUUACUGACUCUCCGUCUCUCUUUCAGUUGAUCCACAAGACCAAGGUCGGCCGAUCCAAUAAAUCUCCACUCGGCGUAAUCUGUAUCUGUACAGAUACUUCUGAGAAGACGGCAGUGGAGACUCAGCUUGCAAGACAAAUCGAUACGCUAGGCUGGAUAGCUGAGAUUGUCACCCAACCCUGCGGUCCUCGGAAACUUGCUCGAACGCUCUUGUCUUGUCAAAAUCGCGCCACCCAUCACGGAAUCGAACGGCCUAUCAGUCGGUCGAUGAGCUCCUCGGUCGUGCAGUCAGAGUCGCAGUCUCUCCUAUCACAGCGCAACUUGCCUCAACGUAGCCAUAGUGAAAUGCUUUCCCAAGCUGCACCACAGCAGGCUACAACUGCCAUCACAUCUCCCUCUCAGCACUCGAUGCGGUCCUUCACUUCGACCACAACGCCUUUGAGUCCCAGCAACAGUGAAAAUGGCGAGUACUUCAACCCGCGGGUCCUUCUUGUGGACGACAACGCUAUCAACCUCAAACUCCUUGUCGUCUUCGCCAAGCGUCAGAAUUUGCGCUACGUCGAAGCCACCAACGGCCUUGAAGCUCUGGAAACAUUCAAAUCCGAGGCUCAAUCCACUUCAUCGCCAACUAGGCCUUUUGACUUUGUACUCAUGGACCUCAGCAUGCCGGUCAUGGAUGGUCUGACAAGCACAAGGCAGAUUCGGCAGUUUGAGGCCAAGAUGGGACUGCCCAAGAGUCAUAUCGUUGCACUUACAGGACUGGCGAGUGCACAGGAUCAGAGCGAUGCUCACGAGGCAGGCGUAGACAUGUAUUUAGUCAAACCUGUCAAGUUUGCAGAUAUCAAGAGAGUUUUUGGUGGCAAGUAG